AGCUGUGCACCAGAAGGUCAUGGUUAGAUACCGGCCGAUCUCGGCAAACAGUUUUCUUAAAGUUGUAGCAAGGUGUGGGUCAUCUCUCAAUUGAUUACGGGAUCAUUUCGGAGUGAAUUUACGCUCGCUCGGGGAGUCUUUAUUAGUGAAAAAUAUAUUUCUCCGCGUGGAAUGGAAUGCUGAAUUCAGUGAUCGCUAAAUAAAUAAAUUCGACAAUAUAUAGAUGACUUUCGGCUAAUGAAUAUUUCAGUGGUUGCAGUGCAUCGCAGAGGGUGAUUUUAGAGAAAACCCUGGUGCAAUUUUGUGUGUGUCUAAUUGUCAGCAAAACAAGACAGAAUUGUUGCGUGGAACACAGUGAGCAAUGAAGGGUGACUUUUUGAGCGAUAUUGCCUUUUAUUGACAGCAAUAAAGUGAUUCUCGCCGAGUAGUUAUGGAAACUUGUGUCUUGAUACCCCAAGAGUUGGCUCUGGCCGUUACAACGGCGGGUGCUCGUCAUUCAAAUGAGCCGAUUGUAUCUGUUUGGAGCAUCACAAGGAUUCCACAGGGCUCGCUGUGUUACCCAUUUCAAGGGACGAUCAGAACUGAUAAAUUGGAAGUGUAUUCUUAUGUUGCGGACGACGAUAUAAGACACCGAUUUGGGCUGUACGAUGAAAUCUCAGCUUCUAAUGGAAAGCGAGUGCGUCACUGUAACUGGAUAAGAUUUCUGAGGGUUUCAGAAAAUUAUGGUCCGAUGGUAAAUAUUGUUUGUACAAAAGUUAAGGGAGAACCAAUUUAUGAAAUUGUGAAACCAAUACCUGCUCACCAAGAGCUAGUCGUAUAUUACUUGCCUGAACGACCGGAGGAGUUAUUUUUCGUUAGAAUGCGAAACACACUAUAUCGGCAAACGAUGGAUUCAAUAAUUGAAGAUUCGCCACUGGAUUUAUCAAUGUCUCUCAUGUCUCGAGUACUUCUGCCCAUCUCACCGAUAUCGGGCGGCGAAGAUGAGCACAAGUCAGUAUCUGGAGAAUCUUCCACCUCGUCGUCCGCCGCCAGUUGUACUGGGGAUCUGAUAGAGACAGGGAUGCUGAGCUCAAUUCACAGAUGCUCCCCGAAGUCACGAACUACGCGUGGCGAACGGGCCCUACUUCCAUGCGAAGUAUGCGGAAAAACCUUCGAUCGACCUAGUCUGUUAAAGCGACAUAUGAGAACACAUACAGGUGAAAAGCCGCAUGUGUGUAUGGUGUGUAAUAAAGGUUUCAGUACAUCAAGUUCAUUGAACACACAUCGUCGAAUACACUCCGGCGAGAAGCCACACCAGUGUCAAGUGUGUGGGAAACGCUUUACAGCCAGCUCCAAUUUAUAUUACCACCGAAUGACUCAUAUUAAGGAAAAACCCCACAAGUGUGGAUUGUGCUCCAAGUCUUUUCCAACUCCGGGUGAUUUGAAAUCGCACAUGUAUGUUCACAGUGGCUCUUGGCCGUUCAAGUGUCAUAUUUGCUCGAGAGGAUUUUCAAAGCAUACUAAUCUCAAGAACCACCUCUUUCUCCACACAGGUGACAAACCACACGCUUGUGAGCUGUGCAACAAGAAAUUUGCCCUGGCUUGCAAUUUGAGAGCUCAUAUGAAGACGCACGAAGGCGAUCCGCAAGAAGAGUGCCUGAGCUGCGGCAAAGUGUACUUGCUAUCAUCAAAUAUCAUACAUCAGGGAAUGUGUUCUAAAUGCAUCUCUAAUUCAUCUGGGGAAUCCGAGGAACGACACAGGGAGUCUAGAACAAGUAUUUUUCGCUCAUCAGGUGAAUCUGGGACUGAAGACGAAUCCAUAAACGAAGAUACGGAAUAAGUAUGAAAAUGUAUAAUAUCUGUUGUAACUAAAAGUAUUACCAUUUUUGUAUUUGAGUUGAAAUAAGAUGGCUAUAUUUAUUAAGAGUUAAAUGAAUUCAGGCAAUUUGAGAUAAUUUUUCCGAAAUUCUAAAAACACUUCGUCACAAGUUUUCGCGCUUGAGAAACCAUAUAAAGCAUAGAAUACAUAACGUAAUGCUCCAUAUAUGAUUAUCACUCGUGAAAUCCACAUUAAUGCUGAAGUUCAAUCAAUCUACGGUGGUUAUAGUAAGAACUUGACAAUCAUGUUGGUGUUUUUAAGUAACAUAUAUCUGUGCACGUAUUAUUAGAAUUUUAAUUGAUUCAGAAAAUAUAGUUCUAGCUCUAUGCUAUGUAUCACAUAUGCCAGUCUCAUUUUUCAUUUUACGCUUCAAAACAUAUAGAUACACUUUUCAAUCACUUUUUGUGCUGCUUCAGUUUCUUGUAGAUUCUCUGACAUUUUUUGUUGGGCCUCUGGAACCAUAUCUUUUUAUGACAUUUUUUAACUGUACAUUUAUUAAUACAAUCAUGUGACAGAAGAUUAAAUACAUGGAAUUUCUUUUUUCACAUAAUUUAAUAAUACCGGGGACCUUAGAUCAAAGACUUUGAUUGUGUCAAUGAAAUUCACCUUAUAUAACAUCAAUGAGACAAAAUAUUUGAGCAGUUCCCAACUAUGUAUUGUGGAAAAUAAUGAGCGAGAGAUAUUACAAAAUCUCCUGAAAAUCUUGAUUUGAUUUUUGGUUGAAAUGAGACCGAAGUGUCUGAUCGCAUUCAUGUUUGAGAUUUAUUCUGGAAGUUUUAGUGAUACUUUGACAAACACGCUGUACGGGUGGAAAAAAAAUCUCUAUGCUAUAAUUGAUCAUUUAAUUCGACAGUUAAUAUCAGAUUUCACGAUUCUUAAGCUAAUUUUCUAUUUUAUUGCAUUAUACCUGUGUAUAUGAUUUACGAGAUUGAAUAUUCAAUCAAAUCCCGUACAUUAUUCUAAAUUCGUUCUCGGACUCUGUUUGCUUGCAAGAAUAAUCCCUUUACACUUUAAUCAUCUAUGACUUCUUCAGUAUUGCUUUUCUGCUUUAAUUAUGAGAAAGCCACAUUUUUCCACUAAUCAAAAAAAAAAGUUGAGUAGAACAUCGAAUAUUCAUCAUCCCGUGCAGUUUUUCAAUUUAUUUACUAUUACUUUUCCAUAUUGCGUAUGAAGCGUGAAGAUCUUCUCCAACUACAGUAGCAUUUCGUCUACUAAAUUGCCUAUUGUCGUAUCUGCAAAACAGAAAAGUCACUCAAAAGAUAUGAUGAGUGAUUAAAGACUGACAAUUAAAAGCUUUUCAAUUCAAUCAUCACAAAACCGUCCCAACAAUCUCUCUUAUGUGAAUCAUUUCCUUAAGUUCUUUCGUCAGGAAUGAUAAAAAAAAUUAUGUGGUUUGCUUUUAAGUAUGUUUUAAGUUUUAAGAUACAUAUCACAUCACAAUCUGAAUGUUUGUUUUACAGCAAAUAUUUUUAGGUGUAAAUUUUAUACUUUUUUUUCCUCUCGAACAAUUUGUAUCACAAAUGAACAGAUUUUACUAAAUAUUUAUAUUUCACUUUUCUAGUCAAGUAUGUAAUAGAGAAGAAAAAUAAGCAGGAACACUUCUGUUUUAUACACAAUUUAUGUACAUAUGGGAUGGCGAAAUAAAUCAACAAUAACCACCAUUUGGGAUGAGAAAGCUGUCAAUUAUUGCAACAACUUUUGAGCAAAGAUAUUAUGUAGAUGGCUUUCAAAUUGUAAUUAUGGUAGGUAAAGAGAUAAUUUUUAAGAAACCACCAAGAGUAAAUUUAAAUAUAUUUACUUUAGACAGCCCAGAAUUCAAUUCGAAUUCGCAUUGUCUGUAAAUUUUUUGCCGCGCAUCGUCUACAAUUUGUGAGAUAAAAUCGUGCACUUGCAUUUGUCGGCCACCCAAUAUAUAUAUAUAAGUAUCUGAUGAACACUGUUAAAAUGAAUUUAAAAAAUA